AUGGCGAACACAGCGCAUUUAGUCCGUAGACAAAGUUCACGCGAUCUACACGUACCAAGAUCACUAGACCGUUUGGAAUUGAAGGAAAUGAAAGGACGAUUAGUGCCAAUUGAAAAUGGAGGCUCCAGCUAUGGUGCUACAAAUAUCGCUUUUGAAGACACCAGUCCUGGAACUAAACACAAAUCUAGUUCUCCAGUUGAUCCAGAAUUACAACAGGACGGCAAAGGUGUCUUCAAACCGGAUUGCGUUGAGGAAGAACGCGAAUCGUGGGACAGUAAACUGACAUUUCUUCUAGCGAUUGUGGGCUACGCCGUAGGUCUUGGCAACGUCUGGAGAUUUCCGUAUUUGGCUCAGAAAAACGGCGGCGGGGCUUUUCUGAUACCGUAUUUCGUUAUGUUGGCCAUCGAAGGGAUUCCAAUUUUUUAUUUGGAAUUGGCAAUUGGGCAACGGUUAAGAAAAGGCGCCAUUGGAGUUUGGAAUCAGGUCUCGCCAUUUUUAGCAGGUAUAGGCAUUAGUAGCGCUUUCGUAUCAUUCAACGUGGCUCUAUAUUACAAUUCCAUAAUCGCUUGGUGCCUCUUCUACUUCAUGCAGAGCUUCCAAUCGAAAUUGCCUUGGGCCGAAUGCCCCAACCUCUAUUUUCCUAACGGCUCUUACACACCAGAACCUGAAUGCCUUGCAAGCAGUCCAACUCAAUUUUUCUGGUACAGAACAACGCUAAUGGUAUCGGAAGACAUCAACACUCCGGAAGCUUUCAACUGGAAAAUAGCUUUGGCUUUGGUGGUGGCCUGGAUAUUGGUUUAUUUGUGCAUGAUAAAAGGCAUAGCGUCGUCUGGAAAAGUGGUCUAUUUCACGGCAACUUUUCCAUAUUUGGUGCUAAUUAUUUUCUUUUUUCGUGGUAUAACUUUGAAAGGAGCAUCGGACGGACUCAGACAUUUAUUCACACCAUCCUGGCACACGAUUCUGGAUCCAGUCGUUUGGCUUGAAGCUGGCACGCAAAUUUUCUUUUCGUUGGGCUUAGCUUUUGGUGGCCUUAUAGCUUUUUCAUCUUACAAUCCUGUUAACAAUAAUUGCUAUAGGGACGCUAUAAUGGUUUCAAUGACCAAUUGCUUCACCUCAAUGUUUGCUGGCAUUGUAGUAUUUUCCAUAAUAGGCUUCAAGGCAACAAUGACGUAUGAAAAAUGCUUAGAGGACCGUAAUAAGUCUUUGACUGAUCUAUUUGGACCAAGUUAUGACGUCGAUAUAGCUUUUCCAGUGAAUGCUGGAUCAAUUUUCAAUUACACAGAUUUUAAUGGCGGCUUUAGAAGUAUCCUACUUCCAAAACUACCAGUGUGCGAUCUAGAAAAAGAGUUGGAUAAUUCUGCUUCUGGUACAGGUUUAGCCUUCAUCAUCUUCACAGAAGCAAUCAAUCAAUUUCCAGGAGCCCAAUUCUGGUCCAUACUUUUUUUCCUCAUGCUUUUCACGUUGGGCAUCGAUUCCCAAUUCGGCACCCUCGAAGGUGUGGUCACUUCCAUUGUGGAUUUGAAGCUGAUGCCCAAUUUGCCCAAGGAAAUCCUCACUGGAGGUUUAUGUUUGAUUUGUUGCACUUUAUCCAUGUGUUUUGCUCAUGGAGCGGGAAGCUACAUUUUUGUUUUGUUUGAUAAUUUCAGCGGCAAUUUUCCUUUGUUGAUUAUUGCUUUUUUCGAGUGCGUCGGAGUUGCUUAUGUUUAUGGACUGAAAAGGUUUGCAGAUGAUAUUGAAAUGAUGACGGGUUCCAGGCCUGGACUUUAUUGGUUGAUUUGCUGGAAAUAUUUGUCACCCCUGGCGAUGUUGUCUAUAUUGGUUGCAAGUUUUGUGGAGAUUGCUGUGGAUGGUUCUGGAUACGAUGCCUGGGUGGCGGAAAAAGGCCAAACUGAAAAGCAUCAGUGGCCAGUUUGGGCCAUUUUUCUCAUAUCCACUUUGGUGCUGAUUUCCAUAUUGUGGAUACCUGGAGUUGCGAUUGCAAGGUUUUUUGGGUAUGUUUUGAUAGACGACAACGAGAAAGCGUGGUUUCCGGCUAGCGAAUUGAAAGAUUUUCACGGCAUAAUGCCUCACGAAACUACCACAGCGGAAAGUUUACUUUUCUGCAUCAGGCCGGACGGUUCUGAGGGCUUGUGCUGUCCCACGUAUCAUUCAUAUGACGAUGUAAUGGAAGAUGACGAAUGA